AUGUCGCUUUCAGACUCUGAGGGUUCUGAGACCGUUCUGGUCGGUCCAGGCGAUAUUCGUGAUUUCAACGAAGAAAAUAUACUUCCUCUUCCAGCAGACGAACUCCAAAAAAUCACAGAUUGGCUGCAGCCCACGCCAUAUGAUCUUGAAAGAUCCGACUUCUCAAGACACCUUGCGUCGUACCUCCAAGGCACCGGUCAGUGGCUCACAUCCACAAGCACGUACCAACAGUGGCAUCAGGGUGGCGAGAAUGAGGAUGGCCUCCUUUGGAUCAAAGGCAUACCCGGAUCGGGGAAGUCAGUCAUGGCCGCCUCCAUAAUCCAUCAGUUACGAAAAGAAGAGGUCCCAGUUCUAUACUUUUUCUUCCGACAGAUUAUCGAUGCGAAUCAUCAACCGGCGGCCGCAUUGCGGGACUGGUUGUGUCAGGCCCUCCCCUUUAGCCCACCCUUGCAGGUUAGACUGAGGGAUGAAUACCUGGAAAAGAAGCGACCCAUUGAUAGUCUAGCUCCGAGUGACCUGUUGAAAGACCUCAAAUUUGCUCUAUCUGCCUUUCCUAAGGUCUACUGUGUCACCGACGCCUUAGACGAGAUGGACCAAGGCAAUGAUGAGUUUCUCCGUUCUCUAGCGCAAUUAGGCCAAUGGCGCCCUGCAAAUGUCAAAGUCCUCAUCACCUCACGCCCAGUCGUCGCGGUUGAGUCUCCCCUACGACCCUUCCAUAUACGUCAUAUUCGACUGGAUGAAAACUUUGUGGAUAUAGACAUUGCUGCAUAUGUGCAGCACAGAUUACGAGAUUCGGUUGUUCCUCACGAAUACUGGAGCGUAGUGACUGAAGCUGUCCCUGGCCGGGCCAAUGGGCUCUUUUUAUAUGCAAAACUUUCGAUGGAUGCCUUUAUGUCCGGCGAUAAUCCUCAGGCAGUAAUUGAAAAGUUGCCUCUGGACCUGAACGUGAUGUAUAGCAACCUGUUGCGUGAGCAUGCGAAACGAUCAGAUAUUCCAGAUGAAUUUCAGCUACUCAUCUUGCAGUUUGUCACGCAUGCAACUCGACCUCUCCGUCUACUGGAAAUUGCUGAGAUGGCCAAAGCCACACAUGAUCCAUUUAAAGACUACAGUUUGAAAGAGAUCAAGGACUUGGUUCGAGCUGCUUGUGGUCCGCUAAUACAAGUUCUUUAUGAUGAGACUGUCUCUGUCAUUCACCACUCAUUUACUGAGUUUCUCAAAGGAUUCACUCGCAAAAUACCUCUGGAUGAUUCAACCUACCCUAUCCUCGAGGCUGGUCCAACCAAUCACCGUCUUGCCAUUGCGUGCAUGGAUUAUCUCACCUCUGGCUGCUUAGACAAACUAGAGAUCAAGACUCGCAGCAAUGAUGAUUUCUUCCAGCCAAAGAAGGCUCAGCAGAGUGAAACUAGGCUUCAAUUCCCAUUCCUCGAAUAUGCUGCUGCGAAUUGGUACAUUCAUACACGCCGUGCCACCUUCGCCGGUGAAGAUGUUUCAUCAUUCUUCAAAACACUGGAUGACUUCGUUGCAAACAAUCAGAGAUUUCUAAGCUGGCUAGAUAUCGACUGGCCAGAAAACCAGAUUCAAGGCCUCACUCCGCUUCACGCCGCAGCUUGCACGGGAUUAUGUCAAUAUGCCAGGCACUUGCUUCAAGAAAAACAUGCCGAUCCAAACGCCAAGAGCAAUUGCGACGACUCUCCGCUCUAUUGGGCCGCUCUGAGUGGCCAUGCGGAUGUUGCACAGGUCCUCAUUGAUAACGGGGCGGAUCCAGAUGGAGAAGCAAACGAAGGAUACAAGCCCCUUCACAAGGCGGCUAGUCAUAACCACGCUGAGGUGGUCAAAGUUUUACUUGCGGCCGGUGUUAAUCCACUCACGGAAAAAACGGGAGAAGCCCCGGGCAGAAGAUGUGGCAAUGCACCAAGAUCGAUCGGCAACACCCCGUGGAUGUACGCCUGCAAAAAUGGACAAAAGGAGGCUGUCGCUGAAUUGCUACCUUACAUCACAGAUCAUGGUGACCUAGAAUGGGCCCUUUUCUGGUCGACAGAAGCAGGACAUGCGGCCUGCGUGGAUCUGAUUCUUCAACAGCCAGGCAUGAACGUGAAUUCUAAGUUGAUAGGAGACACUCCGCUUUUCAGAGCCUGCUGCGUAAAUGACAUGAGUACGAUAAAGGUUCUUCUCAAAGCGGGCGCUGAUCCCAAUAUUCUUUGCGAGCAUAAUUCGAUUCGGUUUGGGGGUCGGCCUUUUCAUGAAGAUCAGCGAUAUGGAGACCACAGGCAGAAUGUUGAACCAAGGGGCUACACUGCUUUACAUGCUCUAUGCGGAAUCAAGAAGGGUAAUAAGCGAACAGGAGAUUGUGUUCCACUACUUCUAGAAGCUGGUGCGAAUAUUCAUUCGAAGUGUCCAGAUGGAAGAACCGCCUUGCACCUCGCCUGUUCAAACAAUAUAGAAGCCGUGAUGAUGCUAUUGGAGGCAGGUGCAGACCCGAAUACCGAAACUGAUGAUGGAAGCACAAUACUGCACACCGAUGGAUCCACAGACAAGGUAUUGCUGCCUAUACUGCUGAAAUCAGGGCUUAUCGAUGUCAACGAGCUGAUGAAGAAAGGAAGGACAAGUCCCCUGCAUCUUCGGCUUCAGCGCCAUAAUCUCCAGUCUGUUCUUGAGUUUCUUAAGUUUAAACCAGAUCUGAAUUUGGCGGAUUCAGAUGGAAAUCGCCCCCUACAUGUGCUUUUGAAGGAAUUUACCUUCAAAGUAUCAAAGUCUACUUGUGAUAUCGUCGACACUUUACUUUCAGCUGGUGCUAAUCCCAAUCUGCAAAAUGGGAAAGGCGAGACACCGUUACACUUAAUGCAAAAUUCUAGCAAUUUCGAAACGGUUUCCAGAUUCGUUAAAGCUGGAGUAGAUCUUGAAAUUCGAGAUUUGGAAGGCCAAACAGCUCUGUUCAAGAACGUCGAAUCCGACAGCAAUGGUGAGCCAACGUAUUCCAAUGCUUUCAUUGAGCUAGGCGCCCGACUUGACACACGGGACAACAAGGGCAGGACUUUGUUACACCAAGUUGUUGGAAAUACCCGUCGGUUGGACAAUUUGAUAGCUCGGAUUGACAUCGAUCCUUCUGUCGUUGACAACAAAGGAAAUACACUCUUCCAUGAGGCCACAUCUAAGCGAUAUAACUUUGACAAACUGCCAAUAUACAUUCAUCUCAUGAAGUUGGGGGUAAAUAUUGAUCAGCCCAAUAACCAUGGCAAGACUGUUUUACACAAGAUAUGUGCGAGGGAGUCUAGACUCUCCAGCUGGAACCCUUUUAGGAAAAAUGCUUUCGACUAUGUCAUUCAAGCGUGCAAGAAUCUGAACCCUCGCGACAUCGAUGGAGUUCAGCCUUUGCAUGUUGCCGCCGUUGUUUCUGAGGAUUAUGUUUUCAAACUUCUUGAUGCUGGGGCGGAUCCGUUUGGAACCACGAAUGAGGGCAUGACGGUGCUCCACGUUGCCUCUCGAGCCCGGCAACCUGGUAUCAUUGGUCUUGUCCUUUCAAGACUCAAGGAACAAGAGGAUGUCACGUUCAAAGCGUUUAUCAAUCAGAAAAAUGUAGAGGGAAACACAGCGCUUCACUAUGCUUGCUGUGCCGGUCAUCCUGAAAGUGUGGAUUUGCUGCUAGAUGCGGGAGCAGAUCCUAAUUUACCAGGCAGGGAUGGAUACACACCGCUCAGGGCAUGUGCUGAUUUUGAAGUUGAACAAUCACGUUGGAGUAGAAUUGUUGAAAUAGACGAUGACAAAGGGGAAAGCAGGAAAAGCACUAAAACUGGAAGAGCCGGCAGCAUUUUCCUCGACGACCACAAUCUAGCACUAACUGCCGAACAUUUGAAAGACUAUAACUGGCGUCAACAUGGCCUGACGAAGGAGUCCCAUUCGACCCGUCUCGAUGAAAUUUUAGUCUCUUUGGUUCUUCACGGCGCCAAACUCACCGGCAAUGACAACUCUCUUCGCGAUGCAUUCCACACCGCGGUGCUGAACCAACGUGACUAUACAGCUGAGUGUCUUUUGAGAUUACAGUCUCGUUCUCUUCCAAAUAUGAAUCUUCUUGAAGGGCCAGAUGGCGAGGCCUUCAUUGCCUCAAAGUCUCGCCUGGAAAGUGAAAGAUCAUCUUUGAGGCAAGAAGAUAGCAAGAACAACAAUCGGAAAACUCAGGAUGGACACUGCCGCCAAUUGCAACCUUUUUAUCCAGCUAAGCUGCUGGGUCUUCGUCAGUAUGAAAUGCUGGAAGUAAGAAUAUUACAGACGGAUGUUCUCGAACUUUACCAGACCAAUAAGUUUCUCAGCAUUUCUCUCCUGCACACCCUUGCAAGUUUUGGUCUAUCAGAUUUACUCAGACGUGUCUGCACUCGUGAAAUUGCAUUAAGAUUCGAUGAUAAUGACUGGUGCGAACAAGCACAGAUUGCGAACAGAGUCCCCAAGAUACAGCCGCUUCUUACGGUCGCGUGCAAUCGAAGAAUCCCCAACAUGACAGUGGUUCGGUUCCUUAUCGAAGAAAUGGGCGUUAGUAUAGGUGCAAAUUGCAGGCAGAGAGUUUUCAUCGACAAUGGCAAGCGACGCGAGUUCGUCUCAGGUAAUAGCGUCCUACAUCAGAUUUCUGAGGGCCAGGCUUGGUGGAACGUCCACCAAGCCCUGCCUUACCUGAUCCAAAAGGGGGCUGAUUUAGAGGUGCGGAAUAGGAGUGGAGAAACGCCAUUGCACAUUGCUCUAGACGAAAAGAGGUUCAAGGGCGUCUUUUACAAAGAAGCUGUGCAGAUUCUUCUGGAUGGUGGUGCCGAUACCAACGCUGUGGACAACCAUGGAGAUUCAUGCCUGUCCAAAGCCGGUACUGAUACUGGGCUAAUCAAGUUGCUCCUAUCAUACGGUGCCAGGGUCUCCCCAGCAGCCGUCUUUUCCGCGAUCGAGCUCCAGCAGGUUGAAUUAUUGGAGCUCUUUCUCGCUCGCGGUGAAAUGGCCAAUCAAAGGCGACCCGCUAGUGAAAACCCAAAGAAGCUUUCAAGACAUGAGACAUCCGGGAUUUUGAACUCUGAGAGCUACCCUUUGUAUCAUGCAGCGUUUUAUCAUAAGCCUGAUUACCGCGUGAAUGAGGAUGAUCGUACCCCUUCCCAGAUGCGCAUGAUGACAGCCCUCCUACGCCACGGCGCAGACCCAUAUUCCACUUUUGUCAUGCGUUAUCGAGUCGACGACAUGGAUGACGCCGGAAGUGAAGAUGACCAAGAACCGGAGUGGGAAUUUGAAACAUGCACUAUCAUACAUGAGAUCUUGCAACGAGGAAUGGUAGCCGAGCCACUAUUCGACCUCCCAUCUCUUCAGCUUGAAACACGCGAUGCCGAAGGCCAAACGCUACUUCUUGCAGCCUCUCGAGGAGGCCACAUCAAGUGA